AUGACAAUCACUCUGAGUCAGAAGGUUGGCGAGUUCGCCUCCGAGUUCGCCAUCGAUGGCAGCUAUGUUCAGCAAGGCGUCAAACACUUCGUCGAUCAGACAGCACAGGCCCUCUCAGCAAACAUGGAAAGAGCAAUGCCCAUGAUUCCCUCGUUUGUCACCCGAAUUCCCACAGGGAAGGAAAAGGGUGUCCAGUUGGCAGUUGACCUGGGAGGCACUAACUUCCGGGUCUCAUCCGUGCACCUGAAUGGUGACCACACCCACAAAACGGUGGCAUCAAAAGUUGCUGUCAGCGAUGACCUCAUGACUGGCACUCAAGCUGACUUCUUUGGAUUUUUGGCCCAGCAAGUGAAAGAUUUCUUAACAGAACACCACUCAGAACAUUUCAGCCAGACUGAGCCUUUGCGAAUGGGAGUGACCUUCUCGUUCCCCGUCAAUCAGGUAGCUUUAGACAAGGGCUAUCUUUUGAGAUGGACCAAGGGUUAUGAUAUCAAGGAUGCUGUUGGAAAAGACGUCGUGGAGCUAUUUCAGAUCCAGCUCGAUGCUCUUGACCUGAAUGUGAAGAUUGUGGCUCUGGUCAACGACACCGUGGGCACACUAUUGGCGCGAGCUUACGCCUCUAAAUCCGACGAUGGUAAGCAUAAGCAGACCUUGAUCGGCGCAAUCUUUGGCACCGGAACCAAUGGUGCUUACUCAGAAAGACUUAAGCGGGUCCCCAAGUUUACCGCUGCGAAUUACCCUGAAGUUUUCAAGCGCUACUCACCAGAGCACAUCGCGAACCAAACUAUGAUUAUCAAUACCGAGUGGGGAUCUUACGAUAAUGACAUUGACGUCCUCCCAAACACCAAAUGGGAUAUUGACUUGGACGAAAACACUCACAACAAGUCUUUUCACAUGUUUGAAAAGCGGAUUUCUGGAAUGUUCCUGGGUGAGCUGUUGCGGCUCUGUCUUUUGGAUUUGAAGAGUGAGGGCCUACUUCUUCAAUCCACAAAGUUGGAAGGAAACCCUGUUUGGAAGGGAUUUGGAAUGGACACUUCGGUCUUGUCAUUCAUUGAAGCAGCCACUGAGGCACAGAUCGAGACAGGAAAGGGCGACUAUGAGAAAAUCAUCAAGGCCAUGGGUCUGGCCGCCAAGGACAUCACUCCUGAACAAGUUGCUGCCCUGAAACCCCUGGUUACGGCUAUUGGUAGACGAUCUGCGUAUCUAUCUGCCAUUCCUUUAGCUGCCAUUACUCUUCAUACUCACGCUUUGGAGAAAUUCGACGUUGUUGACAUUGGAGUUGACGGUUCUGUCUUCCAGUUUUACCCCAAAUUUGCUGAUAUGGUGAAAGAAGCGAUGGGCUAUGUCGAGGGUAUUUCUGUUGACCGUAUCGACAUCGGCCACGCAGAAGAUGGCUCAGGGGUGGGAGCUGCCUUGGCUGCUUACCCGGACGACUCAUAG